UAUUAUAGAUUAUUAUAUAAAGUUUGGAAUAAUAUAUUUUUAAGAAAUGAAAUUCAUAAACAUAUUUUAAAAUUUAUUAAGCAUAGUUUUGUAGAUCUAAAUAGAUCCCGUUAUGACCGGUUUAAAGAUAAAUCAUAUAUAACAACACUUAAGUGGCAUUAUUAUCCACUACCAGAUAAAAAUGAAUUUCCACCAUUUUUAACAAAUUUACAUUUGUACAAUUUUUCUCAAAUGCUACCAACAACUUUACCAAAUACAAUUACUACACUCACACUCGGUUAUGAUUUUAACCAAGUGAUUCCACCCGGCACAUUACCAAAUAGUCUCACAACACUCACAUUCGAUCAUGAUUUUAACCAAGUAAUUCCACCCGACACAUUACCAAAUAGUCUCACAACACUCAUAUUCAGUGGUUUUAACCAAAAAGUUCUACCCGACACAUUACCAAAUAGUCUCACAACACUUGAUUUCGGCUUUUAUUUUAACCAAGUAAUUCUACCCAACUCAUUACCAAAUAGUCUCACGACACUCAUAUUCGGUUAUUAUUUUAACCAAAUAAUUCUACCCGACUCAUUACCAAAUAGUCUCACAACACUCACAUUCGGUAACGAUUUUAACCAAUUAAUUCUACCCAGCACGUUACCAAAUAGUCUCAUAACACUCACAUUCGGUGAUAAUUUUAACCAAGAAAUUCUACCCGGCACAUUACCAAAUAGUCUCACAACACUCAAAUUCGGUACUAAUUUUAACCAAGUAGUUCUACCCGGUACAUUACCAAAUAGUCUCACAACACUCACAUUCGGGAAAUGUUUUAACCAAGUAAUUCCACCUGGCAUAUUACCAAGUGGUCUCACAUUUUUCAAAAUCCUAAUAUAUUUAAUUCCCCCUCUGCUUAUUACUCUGUUUUGUUAUAUAUUUAAAAUUUUUUCCUUAAUUCAAAAUUAA